UAAAAAUCGAACGAUACUAAUAAAGUUCGCCUUGAAACGGUUUAGUUAGUGCUAAUCUAUCGCUGCUAUACAGGUUUAGUCAUUGGAAACAUAUUGAGAAAAAACAACUGUGAAAUGCAGUGACUUGAAUUGUUCAAAAUAAACUAUUAGUCUUAAAAAUAACAGUUACAUAUUUGUAAACCUAUAAAAGCGUGCGCACGCGCAGAACGCCAAUAACAUCCAAACAGCUGAUUCCCCAUCUCUCGGCCACCGCCUACAUGUGUAUGCACAUAAUAUGUACAAACUAGUUCAUUAUACCUAGAUUCGUUGGAGCUCUCGUUAUAUUAAGAUACCGGCGUUCGAUGCCUCCGCGGAAGUGCAAGUGACUAGCGAGGAUACCAAUGUUGUCCGAAAAACACUCUUAUCGCAGCAUAAUCGACACGCGUAAGCGAACUUAUCUCCCCAAAAGAUGAUACGCUAAUUCUCUAGCAAACACUCGAGAAGUAUCAAAGUGACGAGUAGAGGUUCCAAAAAGUAUCUCGACAAUAGUGCCGUGUAGGUAGUGCAGUUAGCUACUCCAGAAAGACUUAAGCCGUAUAUAAUGUGUAUUUUGUUCAUUUACCGCAAUCCAAAUCCAGCGCCUGGAGGCUAUAAACUGAUUCUCAUAGCCAACAGAGACGAGUAUUAUGCGAGACCAGCAGAUUCUGCUCAUUUUUGGAAAGAUUAUCCUGGAUGUCUUGGAGGAACAGACAUGGAACCUGGAAGAGAAGGUGGGACUUGGCUAGCACUCAAUGUAAAAAAUGCUAGAGUUGGAGUAUUACUAAACUUGAACGGCGUGCCAAAGUCUAUAGAAGGCAAAGGUCGUGGUUUCUUGGUCAGAGAUUAUCUGACAUCUACAAAAUCCACAAUAGAAUUCGCUAAAAAUUUACACAAAGUAAAUCAAGAAACUCAAUCAUAUAAUCCUUACAACCUAGUCAUGGUUGAAUUAAAGAACAGUGAUGUAUACUACUUAAGCAGUGAACUCAACCAUCAAGAACCUACAAUACUCAGUCAAACUAUCUUAGGUUGUGGCAAUAGUGGUAUGGAAAAACCUUAUAAAAAAGUUGUGAGUGGGAAAAAUAAAUUUGAGAAAAUUGUUAACAACGCGUCAACCGCUCAACAAAACGACUUAAUAGAAGACUUAUUACAACUUUUAAAGCAUGAAGAAAAGUACCUUCCAGACGAUGAGUUACAAAAACGAUCUCCAAAUGCAUUUAAUGAACUGAGUUCUAUUUUUGUCCAGCAUGAAAAAGAAAAUUAUGGUACAAGAACUCAUAGUAUUGUGCUAGUAGAUGAUUUAAAUAAUUUGACUUUUGUUGAAGAAACUUUAAAAGCGAAUGAGCUAUGGGAACGUAAAAUUUUUAACAAUCACUUGGAAUAGACGCAAAAUUUAGUAAAUGUAAAAUAAUAUAUAAAAUUUAAUUUCUAUACGAAUUUUCAUCGCGAGUCAAGUACAAAAUCGACGGAGACUUUAUACAAAACGAAAAUAUUAGGUCUAUAAAUAAACACCUAUUUGAAAAUACUUUUCUGUACAUACCUAUAAAAAACUAGACUUAGAACUUUUACAACGUUUAACAGUUAUACACAUCGACGCUGAAACUUUAUUCUUCUAUCUCUACGUCAUCUUCAGAUUCACUGCCAAAAAUUUCAGAACCUGUCUCUUCUGCGGCAUUACUUUCGGUCGUUAAAUCAGAAGCUGCUGUUAUAUCCUCAGAAGACUAAAAAUAAUGCGGUUCAUUAAAAUAUGUUCCACUUGAAUUCAAAUUCACUUUUAAAAAUAAUACAAAGAAUUAUACUUCUGA